AUGGCGCUCGAAGACGAGGAUCUGCUCCGGGAGAUCCUCCUCCGUCUCUCGCCGCUGCCGUCCUCCCUCCCUCGCGCCUGCGCAGUCUGCAAGCGGUGGCAGAGCCUCGUCACCGACCCCGGAUUCCUCUCCAGCUUCGUCGACCACCACCGAAAGGAGGGGCCGCCCAUCCUCGGUUUCUCUGUAAAAGACUACCCGGAGCAUUACGAGGUGGUCGUGUUCCACCCAAUCCUGGACCCUCCAGACAGCGUCCCUCUGAGCAUCGACUUCGGACACUGCACCAUGCUCGGAUGCAGCCACGGUCGCGUCCUUAUCGUAGACCGUGAAAGCUUGGAGCUCGUCGUGUGCGCCCCCAUCACCGGCGAGCAGCAGCGCGUGCCCAUCCCGACGGAGUUCGACAGGGGCUGUUUCAUGGGUACGGUGAUGUGCGCUGCCGGCGACCCUGGCCACGUGCACGGCGCCUGUCAUUCGGGCCCCUUUAAGGUGGUCUUGGUGUCCGCCUAUGAUGAGGAAAAGAUCGCCUGUGUUUACUUCUCGGAGACUGGUGCAUGGGGCAAUCUCAUCUCGACGGUUGGCCUUUUCCAGUGA